AUGGCGAGGGUGCCAGGAGGAUUAUGGAAGAACACUGUUGCUGUGCAAGUUUACGGUGCUAACACAGGGGUUGGUAAGACAGUAUUUUCGACGCUCCUAGGUGCCCGCUUAAGCAGAUAUGGCGGGAGGAUAAAAGUACAAUACAUAAAGCCCGUAUCCACUGGUCCAGCUGAUGAAGCAGAUGACAGCUAUGUGCACAAGUACAGCGGCCAACGUGUUUCUACACUCUUCAAGUUCGAUAAAGCUGUAAGUCCGCAUGUUGCGGCAAGAGGAUCGGACCUCGUUCCUAGCGAUGAGCUCAUCAGCCAAACCGUUUUCAAGACGGUUCAACGAGAAGCCAAUGCAUUAGAGCGAGGAUUCAGAGGCUUCUCGAUCAUCGAGACGGCUGGCGGAGUCCUCAGUCCAGGACCUUCGGGUACACCGCAGGCGGACAUUUUCCGACCGUUACGGCUUCCCUCGGUGCUCGUGGGCGACCAUCGAUUGGGUGGUAUCUCCUCAACCAUAUCAGCCGCAGAAUCCUUGAUCAUACGAGGAUAUGAUAUCGAUGCUGUCAUAUGUUUUGAUGACCGGAGUGGGUACGAGAACGCACAGUACUUGAACAAGCACUUCAGGGAUAUGGGAAUAUCGGCCUUUACCUUACCCUGGAUUCCAAAUCUUCAGGGUGUUGGAGCAGGAACAAAGGAAGAGACGGAAAUCAUGCAAAAUUACUACUCGUCACAAAGCGAAGGAAAGACAAUAAGCAACGUUGCUGACUGGCUAAUGGACCGCCAUCGAACGCGAAUCUCCACUAUGGGAACUAUGCCGUACCGAACAGAGAGUAGUAUUUGGCAUCCCUUCACACAGCACAAGCAUCUAAAGAGUGCGGAAGAUGUUUUGGUAUUCGAUUCUGCGUAUGGGGAUUAUUUCCAGGUCAAGCACAAGGGUAAUGAAGAGGAGCCACACAUCGAGAAUCAAAUCCUGUAUCCAGCAUUUGACGGCUCCGCGUCAUGGUGGACGCAAGGUCUUGGACACGGAAAUCCUCGGUUGGCGCUAGAAGCAGCAUAUGCAGCAGGACGGUAUGGUCAUGUCAUGUUCGCCGGCGCCACACAUGAACCAGCUCUUACUCUAGCGGAGAAGAUCCUUUCAGGUUCAGGAAGAGGGACCCGUCUGAGAAAAGUGUUUUACACGGAUAACGGCAGUACAGCAACAGAAGUUGGUAUCAAAAUGGCGCUUCGUGCGUCCAGCAAGCGCUAUGGUUGGGAUAGCGCAAAAGAGUCCAUAGGUGUUCUCGGUCUCAAAGGCAGCUACCACGGAGACACAAUUGGUGCGAUGGAUGCUUCUGAACCAUGCGUCUUCAACGAGAAAGUCGAUUGGUACCGUGGUCGCGGCUUUUGGUUUGAUUACCCGACUUUCAAGCUCAAGAAUGGCCAAUGGCUAGUCGAGCCACCCGAGGGUAUGCAAGAAGAGCUAGGUCCGGCGCAGACUUUCGAGAACCAAGACGACAUAUUUGAUUUUGCCACCAGAGGCAGAUCGGCACAAUACGAGGCCUACAUAGAAAAAACGCUGAACGAGCUGGUGAAAAAGCAGGGCAAGAAAUUCGGUGCAUUGGUGUUGGAGCCCGUCGUUCUUGGGGCUGGGGGUAUGCUCUUCGUAGAUCCGCUUUUCCAGCAGAGCCUGGUGCGCGUCGUCCGUCGUUACGACUUUGCCGGCGGCUCCAAGACCACAGAUCCUCAGACUGAAGAUAAGGAUGCUUGGUCUGGUCUUCCCGUCAUGUUUGACGAGGUGUUCACAGGUUUAUACCGCUUGGGCCGCUUCUCUGCCGCCUCAUUCCUUGACGUCCAUCCUGACAUCAGUGUGAAUGCCAAGUUGCUCACAGGAGGUCUACUUCCACUUUCCAUCACAUCCGCGAGCCAAUCUAUCUUCGAAGCUUUCUGGGGCGACGAGAAGUCGGAAGCUCUCCUCCAUGGACAUAGCUACACCGCUCAUGCGGUGGGAUGCCAUGUCGCAAACACGAGUCUGGACAUCAUGAAGAAGCUAAACUUUGGCGAGGAGCAGAACUUGGAGUCGGGCGGAUCCAGUCUUCCAUGUCCACCCAGGAAGACUAUCAAGAUGGGAAGCCGUAGCAGCCAUGUGUGGAGUAUGUGGUCCGAGUCUUUUGUGGAAAGCGUAUCAAAUCAUGAAAAGGUCGAGUAUGUGAACGCCCUGGGCUCUGUUCUGGCCGUAUCACUUGUUGACAAAGGCGGCUCUGGUUACACUUCCUCGGCAGCGGUUGGCCUUCGCGAUGCUUUACUUCACGAUGUCUCUGAAUCGCAGGUACAGAUUCAUUCACGCAUCCUGGGUAAUGUCAUCUAUCUCAUGGCGAGCAUGACUGCGACACGGGCUCAACUCGACCCGAUUGAGGCAGCGUUCAAGGAGAAACUGAAUCUUGUUACGAAGUUGUAA